GUUCGCUCUACUCUGUUCCCCGUACACUUCGGUUCCAGCUCGCCGCCGCCGCCGCCGUCUUCUCGUCCGUCGCCGCCGUUCCCGUCGCGCUCUGAGCUGCAGCGGCAGGCCGUGUACGGGAUGGGGAAGAGGAAGAGACAGGAGGAGGAGGAGCAAGCGCCGGCGGCAGAGCGCCUGCCCAUCGAGAUCCUGUCGAGGGUGGUCGACCCCUCUCUCCCUUUCUUGGGGAACUACGAGAAUGCCAUUCUCCUGAACUGCUGCGGCGGCAUUCUCCUGUGCCAAGGCUGGAAUCGGACCAUGGAAGCUCCGGAAUACUUCGUGUGCAACCCUGCAACCAACCGAGAAGAUCUGGUCGGUGCUGCCUGCACCAGAGCCUGCGCCGUUGCCUGGAGUUCAGACAAGCUACAGUUUCUGUUUGUGUUCCGACCCUGCCGCCCCCUCUCGCUUCCUCGUAUUCGUGUUCGUUCAGAGAGACUAUUACAUGACAGUAAGGGUCUACUCAUCUGAUACCGGAGAGUGGGCGUCCACGGCGAGCGGUCGCCGAAUGGUGCCGUAUGGUGGUGAAACAGUAUAUGACUUCUUUAAUGAUGCUCUGCAUUUCACUGCUUAUGAUCUUGGAGAUGAUACACCGGGGAAAGUAAUACCAUCGGUAUUUACAGUGAGCACGGACGGGGUUACUUGGAGGAGGUUUCGAGUCCCAUCUGAAGUUGAAUUUUCUUUCAUUGGGCAGUCUCAGGGGCGCUUAUACGGUAUGGACAUAGAGCAUUUCAUGAUUGCUUGCUAUCAGUUUGGGUGCUCGAAGAUUAUGCUAGUGGACAGUGGACCUUAAAGCACACUGCUUCCAUUAUGGAACUGCUAGGAAGGCCUUAUUGUGAGCUCGGUGAGCAAUUUAUGUUGGUUGCGCUUCAUCCAGAAUGUAACCUGAUUUUCCUUGUUGGUUGGAUGAGAUCGCAAGAGACACUUAUGUCGUAUGAUGUGGAUAGUCAGAAACUGCACGUUAUCAGCACCUUGAAGAUUACCAGAUGACAACAUUCCGACCUUACAUUCCCUGCUUUGCGGAAUGGCUGCCGUCAGAUGCUCACUGAAUUCCAGAGCAGCUUCACAUUUGCUAAGUUGGCAUGGCUCCUUCAUGGAAACCUGUUGUUGGGUAUGGUCCAGAUCUUCUAGCUUUGUUCAGUGGCUUGGACAAGUCCUACAUCUGCUCUAAUUUGGCUUUCUUAUCAGUUGACGUCCAGGUGAAUGUAUUUUUGUGACUUUGGAACAAUGUUGGCUAGGCAGUGAGAACUUGUAAGCGACCCUUCAAUGGGCUAUUUCUAGUAAUAUGAAUGAACUAAGCCACUUAA